UUUCGAGGAUAACUGUUGUCUGUGUCGCUAUACUCGGAAAAUAAACCGAAAGUGAAAGUAAAUAAACCUGAUAAGAGUGAUCGGUAUUGCAUUUUUGAAAAAUGAUAUACCCGUAUAUUGAUUUCCGUUUAAUCUUCUUAACUUGACAGAACACGGAAGUAUAGGACAGUGUUUAAGUGUUUUCUUUCUUUUUAAUAAACUAGUUAAGCACGUAACAUAUGGUAAGUCGAUACCAGUCGGUUUGUAAUACCUGCAUUGUUUCAACAAUUGGCAUUCGACUUGUGCCACCAUCUGGUGAGGACACUGAUGUUCGACGGUUUCACAUGCCGACUGUCGUUAAGACAAGAUACCACUGUUUUACUGCAUUGCGACAAUACCGGCAUCUUAGCUUAGAGGAGCUAAGACUGAUCGACUACAAAUACAAAGAUGGUAAUAUGUCUUCGUUAAAUACACCAACGAUGUCCUCUCAAACUAAACCCUUUAUCUCAUCGCUUUGUUCCUGUUCGUUGACGAAUACGGAAAGUAUUUCAUCAGACUUUGGAGCUUCGACUACGUCAGAGGGAAGUAAAACCUCAGCUUUUGGUGUGUUGAAUUCGUCAGCGGAUAGUAAGCCAUUACCCUUUGGUGAGUUGAAUUCGUCAGCGGAUAGUAAGCCAUUAGCCUUUGGUGCGUUGAAAUCGUCAGCGAAUAGUGGACCAUUAGCCUUUGGUACAUUGAACACAUCAACGGAAAGUAAAGCGUCAAACUUUUUUAGGACGUCUACAGAAAGUAAACAAUUACCAUUUGGGACGACGACUUUAUCUGUGGAAAGUAAAGCAUCAUUCUGUGAAUCGUCGAGGAAGUCCUUGGAGAGUAAACCAUUUGGCUUUGGUUCGUUGGCGACGUCUACGGAUGAUAAACCGUUGUUUACGGUUUCCAUGGAAAGUAAAACAACAAGAGUUAACACGAAACCGCGCAGUUCUAUUGCAGUUAAAUCAUCAUUGACGGCUUGCACGAAAAGUAAAUCAUUAGGUUCGAGUUCGAUGCUGAUCCCUGUAAGCAGUUUUGACACAUUGUCGCCGACAGCGGAAAGUCAACCUUUUGGAAGUUUGGGUUCAUCGACAACGUCCGUGUUUCAUGAUAUAGUUUCAAUUUCAACUGGUGAAGGUGGAUUAUUUACAGUUCCUUUAGCGAUGCUUACAAAAGAGAAGGAUAGCACUCUAGCUGCAAUGUUUGAAGGGCACUCACCUUUAAGAAAACUUCCUGACGGAACCUUCUACAUAGAUGUGGAUAAGGAAUCGUUCCAAGAGAUAAUGGAUUUUUUGCGCUACAAUCUGCAUCCGCAAAUUUGUCGUGCUGGAGAAAAGGGGUUUUGGGAAAGACGAAUAUUGAGAUUGUUCAAAGCAGCAGAGAAGUUGGGCCUUUAUAAGUUGAUGUCGAUCAUAAAACAGUUAGAACCAGUUCAGCAUUAUUUAGAAUUGAACGACAAAGAUAUUGUCGAUGCUGUUGGUCUUGUUUUGUCAAGAUUGGAUAGAAGGGUCCUGAAACGAUUCGGACAUUUCAGAAUUCGACUGGAUUGUGUUAGGCGUUGUUUCGAUGAUCUCAAAAAUAGUUGUGCUCACGACUGUGAUAUAAACAUAUUCGACGCUAAGAUUUAUUUGAAGGAUGUUGAAAGCCAUACGUUAGAGAUGAUAUGCUGUAGCCUAAAAGAGAAGGGUUUUGAUAUCGAAGGAGUUGAAAUAUUUUGUGAUUUCGUUUGCAAGGAGCAUAGCCAGAAACCACAAAAUAAUCCUUGCUGUAGCCGCAUCUCAUACAUUGUAAAAUUUCUUUGCAAUGAUGUCGUAGUUGUUAAAAGACAGCCUUCGUCUUUGUUUGUACUUACGAACAAAAAAGAGGGAAAUCACAGUUCAACUGAAAAGCAGACUGAACGCCAGUGUACGACAACUAGUACACAGACGGAAGAGAAACAGCCUGGUUUGGACAGACCGAAAAUUCAGGCAGUUGAUGUUUACGAGUAUAGCCCUGGAAACCAUGACUUUGGUGUAUUUCAGAAGAACAUGGAAGAACCGUGGGCAUGAUGUCACACAAUCGCCGGUGUUAUCGCGCAAAGCCUAGAAUACUUGACGAGGUUUUAGCCUGAAUUGAAUGAAAACAACUUUGCAGCAUAAACAAACAUAUUCCUUUUUUUCUAAAUUUCUUUAGUUGAUUGAUUUUGAACUCACAAAUCUUGCAAGUUUGGGGCUUAGGGGAAUUGAUAUAGUGUAUGUAAAGAGUUAUUUUAUUUCAUUCAACAAUUAAGGCGUGCAAGGUCUCUUUGACGGACCUUUGAUGUCUUAUUUUUAGAAGUCGUUUUGCCGUCUGUCUUUUCUGUAGUUUUAUAUAGAUGUGUAUGUUUUAUGAAAUUUUAUAUAAAGGUAUAUGUAUGAUAAAAUGUUAUUUAUGGUUGUUUGUAUAAUAACAUGAUACAUUUUGGGAAAUAAUAAAUUAAUAAGAUA